AUGGCUCUGUUGAUCGCUAUAAGGCUCGUCUUGUUGCCAAGGGAUUCAAUCAACAAGAAGCAACUUGAUGUUCAGAAUGCCUUCUUGAAUGGGUAUCUGCAAGAAGAAGUGUACAUGAAACAACCCCCUGGUUUUCAUGAUCCCUCACGUCCUCAGGCUGUAUGUCGGCUUCAUAAGGCUCUCUAUGGCCUUAAGCAGGCUCCCCGAGCUUGGUUUCAACGCCUCAGUACCUUUCUUCUUGCUCACGGAUUUGUUCACAGCCACUCUGAUGCCUCGCUCUUUAUUCGUCUUUCAUCGUCCUGCACCGUGUAUGUUCUCGUCUAUGUGGACGACAUCAUUGUCACUGGCUCUGACCCGCAAAGUGUCCACCGGUUUCUAGAUCAGUUGUGUUCCACCUUCGACAGUCGCCGCAUGCCUGAUUUAUUGAAACGGUUUAAUAUGACUGAAUGCAAACCAUGUCCUACACCGUUACCUUCUGACACUCGACUAUCUUGUCUUGAUGGUGAUCCUUUAUCUGAUCCGUCUACCUAUCGGAGUAUGGUGGGUGGCCUCCAAUAUCUUACUUUAUCACGGCCUGACAUUUCCUUUGCAGUCAAUCAAGUGUGUCAGUUUACAGACAACCCUCGUUCUUCCCAUCUUCAGGUUGUCAAGCGCAUUUUUCGGUAUAUUAAAAGUACAGUUGAGCAAGGGCUUGUUUUUCACAAGUCCACUGAUUUUACUUUACGUCGCUUCUCUGAUGUUGAUUGGGCUGGUUCUGUUGAUGAUCGACGGUCUACCACUGGUGCUUGUAUCUUUUUUGGACCUAAUCUCCUCACAUGGACUGCCAAGAAACAGUCUACUGUUUCUCGUUCUAGUACUGAAGCAGAAUAUCGUGCUCUUGCCAAUACUGCAGCUGAAAUUCGCUGGUUUGGUUUCCUAUUUCGUGAACUUGGUAUUCCUCUUCGUUCUGCACCUUGUAUCUAUGUCGACAAUCUUUCCGCCAUCUAUAUGGCUGCCAAUCCUAUUUUCUAUGCUCGCACUCGGCAUAUCGAGAUCGACUAUCACUUUGUUAGGGAAUUAGUUGCUCGAAAGGUCCUUCAUACCUUCUAUGUUCCCUUCUCCCAUCAAAUUGCUGACAUCUUCACCAAAGGCCUUAGUCGUGAUCGGUUCUCAGUUCUUAAAUCCAAGCUCAAUCUUCGCCUUGCUCUGUUACGCUUGAGGGGGGGUAAAGAGAAUAUCACUCCAGCAGAUCCCAACCAAUCUGUUCCAAUAGAUUCCAUUCCUUCCAUCAGUCCCAUGAAAUCAGCCGCUCCCAAUCCAUCAGCCUUAGAAGACUCCUCAUCACAAGCACAUCACUCUGUCAGCCAGAUUUAG